AAUAAGUCCGCUGUUCUGUGCUAUACGAUGCCGCAAUACCCAGCUGGUUAAAGUCCUUAUAGAAAAAGGCGCCGAUGUCAAUGCAAAAAUUGUGAAUAUGGAUGGCAUUACGCCAUUGCAUUCUGCAGUGUUGGUUAAAGAUGUGGAUAUUUUUAAAAUCUUACUCGAAAAUGGAGCGGAUUUCACAGCUUUCUGCAACUUCCGUAACCAGACAGUAAUUCACUCAGCAGCAGCAGCUGGAAACUUAGAAAUGUUCCUUACAAUGGUUCGAUAUAAUGCUGAUAUGUCUGUACAGACAAAUAAUGAAAAAGGGGAUAGACCAAUUCACUUGGCUGCCAGUAUGGGCCAUGUCUCUAUCGUAGAAUGGUUGAUAGAGAAUGGGAUAUCAAUGGAAAUUACAAAUAAAGAGGGACAUACACCUUUACAUAGGGCUGCUUUUCGUGGGAAAAUCCGUGUCGUAAAAUUGUUAUUAAAGAAGGGCGCGGAUGUGAAUAUUCGCACUAAAAACAAGGAACGCAAUACAGCACUACAUCUGUCUGUGAUUAGUGGACAUGCUCAGUUAGUUAAGUUGUUCCUUCAAAUGGGAGCGGAAAUUGAUGCUGAAGAUGGAACUGAUAAUAAGUACACUGCGAUGCACUACGCAGCACAAAGAAAUGAGUUGCUUUGUCUGAUCGAGCUGCAACGUUCUGGGGGCAACAUAUAUAUGAAUGCGGAUUCUAAGAAUGGCGAGGCGCUAAUAAUUACAGCCGCAAAAUAUGAUUCUGUGGACGUAGCGGAAUGGUUACUGGACAGGGGAAUCCAUUUAGAUAUUCGGGGAAAGGGAGGACGGACUCCUCUUCAUUAUGCCGCAUAUAAUGAUAGUCGAAUGGUAACCAUAUUACUCCUUGACAGAGGAGCUGACGUCCAUUCACAAGACGAUGAACUCAGGACACCCCUCUUCUGUGCAGUACUUAAACGGCAUGCCGAAACAGCAGGGCUACUGCUAUACGAAAGAGCCGAUGCAUACACCGAAAACAUUGAUCAUUUAAACGCUUUUGACUGUGCAGCCAUGGUAGGAGGAUUACGAUGUUUGAAGGUACUGUUGAUUGGGAACACUGUGAAGUCCGGUGGAAACAAGUAUGGAGAUUUUCCAAUUCAUUUCGCAGCUGCGUACGGGCAUCUGGACGUUGUUGACUGGUUAAUUGACCGUGGAUCAGCGGUGGAUAUCCGUAAUAACAUGGGAAGUACACCACUGAUCAAUGCUUCAUGGGGUGGGCAUUGUAAUGUGGCCAGAAUGCUUCUCGACAGAGGUGCAGAUGUCAACGCUACAGUCGAAAAAGCAGAUAACAGAUCAGUUAUUCACUCUGCAUCAUUCUCUGGGAAUGCACAGCUGGUUGAACUUCUGUUAGAGAAAGGCGCUACUGUCAAUGCACGUACCAGCACAAAUAAUCGUACACCGCUUCACUGGGCGGCUCAAGAAGGUCACCUGGAUAUAGUCAGGCUACUUAUUAAGCACGGAGCAGAUGCCACUGCCCAAGAUAUUUAUGGACUGACUGCAGAGGGUGUUGCUUUUUCUAAAGGCCGUGCCGAAGUCGUGUCCUUCUUCUCAUCUCUGAACCAGUGACACUCUUUAACUUCAGGAGAAAUAAUACAACCUAUAAAACGUUUCAUAUUAAUUAUUUCCCCGAAACUUAUUUAGUCGGUGCCUAUCUUGGAAAUUAAUGAGUUUUCUGUCUACGUGUACAUGUUCAUUGUUAUUUUCAAGUUAACUUAGAAAGGGAUGCUCUUUAUAAUAAUAUUAAAAUAAUAAUGUUUAUAUCACUGAUAAUGCCACAUGUCACAGAUCUGCAAUGACUGCGGACAGGUUAUAAAACCAUAUAUAUUGUAACGUGUCUGGAAUC